AAUUGUUAGCGUUGAGAAAAGUAAAACCUAGGGCGAGAGGAGAGACUGUCAUUUGAAGAGUCGAAACAACUGUAUCAUCAAUGGCUACACCAGGUUCUGGAGAGGUAGAUAAGAAGCCUGAUCAAUCUGCUCAUAUCAACCUUAAGGUCAAAGGCCAGGAUGGGAAUGAAGUCUUCUUCAGGAUUAAACGCAACACCCAACUUAGGAAGCUCAUGAAUGCAUACUGUGAUCGUCAAUCUGUGGACAUGAAUUCCAUUGCGUUCUUAUUUGAUGGUCGUCGACUUCGAGGGGAGCAAUCUCCAGAUGAGCUUGAGAUGGAGGAUGGCGACGAGAUUGAUGCAAUGCUUCAUCAAACUGGUGGUGGGGUUUGUUUGUUCUAGCUUGUUUCUGCAAGCAUUGAAAAUCAGAAGAAGGUAUCGCAUGAUCACAUGUAGAGAAUAUAUAUAGAUGUUAAAGGGUUUCACCUCCUUCUCUUUUGAUGUCUUUUCAUAUUGAAAAUAUAAUCACUUAAAUCCCUAAGCCAUGAGAUUCUUGUUUCAUCUUGCUUUACAUAAUAUUACUGUUGGUGGAUUUGUCAACAAGCUGUAUGAAGUUCUUUCUGAAAAGUAUGAUUAGUUGUGUUUGAGGUUUCUUAA